CAAACGAUCCUGUUCAUGUGAACCGCAGAAAAUGGAAGCUCUACUCUCCCAGUUCUCCCUUCUGGCCAGGCAAGCAUUGGAAGACAAGUCCUUCGACCCCACCAGGAUCGAAGAGCUCAUGGAGCUCUUCGAGAGUGAGGCCUACCAAUCAUGGGCCGCCAUGGAAGCCGAGGGCCAGAAGGAGGUCCAAGAGGCGGAGAUAUCGAUGAGAGAAGCCGAGGAUUAUCUCAAUUCGCUGAUGGACACUGCAAUGGACGACUUCGAGAGGUUCAGCAAGGAACUCGACCGAUCUUCCAAGGCCGAGCUGUCAGGCCUGACUCGGGCUGCAGACGCUGUGAAGAAAUCCGGGGAUCUGCUUGGGAAUUCGAUGACCGUUGCUUCGAAGAAGUACAUGGACGCAGCGCUCCUAGCGGCCACUGCUUCGAUGAAAACGGCGUGGAAUGGAUUCUCUAACACUUCUUCUAAGGUUCAUCCUUCUUAGAUUUCCUCCUUUCCAUUUCAUAAAUAAGAGGAUGUUGCUGUACAUCACUGCUCAUGUGCUGGACUAUUUCCUUUUUCUCUCUUUCCUUGUUGUUUUUAGUUUAUGUAAUGCUAGCGUUUCGAUCUCUAUAUGCAGUGAAUUUUAAAUCUUAUGGGUGUGUUUGGCUCACUGCAAUAAAUGUAUUUUGUGAUUUGGGAAAUGGAAAUCUAGAUUUAGAAA